AUGUUGGGUUUUGUGGAUAUCGUCGUGUUCACCGGCUUUAUGCUGCUUUCGGUAUUUGUUGGUGUCUAUCAUGGCUAUAAAUCCAGUCGUAUUUCAUCGACUCAAGACGAUGGAGUUGCGGAAUUCUUGUUGGGUAAUCGAAAACUGCCAAUCGUUCCUGUGUGUCUAUCGUUACUCACCACAUUUGUUUCGGGCAUUGCUCUUCUUGGACAACCAGCUGAAGUUUAUCACAGAGGUUUAAUGUUCAUAUUUCCUUCGAUCACCGGCUCUGUGGCGAUCAUUUUCAGUGCCAUUUUCUUUCUGCCAAUUUUUUACAAACUGAAGAUGACAAGUGUGUACGAGUAUUUCGAGAUACGUUUCGACAGUAAACUGUUACGUCGAAUCGGAUCAUUGCUGUUCCUUUUCAAUACAUUAGCCUAUAUGGCUGUGGUUAUGUAUGCGCCAGCAGUUGCGCUUGUUCAAGUGACGAAGUCGACGUUGUGGCCGUUCAUUCUGGUUUGUGAUAUUUAUCGAAUGAUCGUUCAAAUUUGCUCAUUCGAUUGCCUGAUCUAUUCAAUCAUAGAAGAAGUAACAUGCGAUAACAUGCGACUAUGA